AAUUAGAUUACGUGUUAGUCUUGAUUGGAGCAUAGUUUGGAGCAGACGUGUUAUUUUUGGUAUUUCAACAUUAUCGAACGUGCAAUUUCGUGCAAACAAUGUUACUCUACCUAUGGAUAUUAGCAGUGAUAGCGGCGAUAUACCUUUACUGCCGACAAAUUUACUCAAGGUUCAGCAAAUAUGGAGUCAAGAAUCCGAAACCUUUGCCCCUUUUGGGGAACAUGAGUUCUAUCAUAUUCAGAACUAAAAGCUUCGUUGAUGUGGUUGAUGAGCUCUAUAACAAAUUCCCUGAAGAAAGGUUUGUUGGCAACUUUGAGUUCGUAAAGCCGGUGUUAUUAAUUAGAGAUAUCGAACUUAUCAAGAAGGUUACUGUUAAGGACUUCGAGUACUUCCUCGAUCAUCGCUCAUUCGUCAGUGAAGACAUCGACCCUUUCUUUGGAAGGAACUUGUUCUCGCUAAAAGGUCAAGAAUGGAAGGAUAUGCGUUCAACGUUAAGCCCAGCAUUCACGAGCUCGAAGAUGAAGCACAUGCUGCCAUUCAUUGUCGAGGUGGGCAACCAGAUGGUCAUCUCGCUGGACCAGCAGUUGAAGGAGUCAAAAAGGGGUUACAUAGACAUCGAAACAAAGGACUUGGCAACUUACUAUGCAAAUGACGUCAUAGCGUCCUGUGCCUUCGGCCUGAAAGUAGACUCCCACCUUGAGCCCCAGAACCAGUUCUACAAAAUGGGAUAUAAGGCUUCCAACUUUGGCUUUGCGGCGAUUCUGAAGUUCUUUGGAUAUUCCUCCUUUCCAUUCCUUAUGAAGUUAAUGAAGUUGAAUUUGUUUCCGGAAGAUGUGACGAACUUCUUUCAACACUUAGUUCUCAGCACGAUGAAGGACCGUGAAGUGCACAAUAUUCUGCGACCGGACAUGAUACAUCUGCUUAUGGAAGCCAAGAAAGGUCAGCUUGUUCAUGAAGAAAAUUCUGGUAAAGAUGCUGAUGCAGGUUUUGCUACAGUAGAAGAGUCUAAUGUUGGCAAGAAGACUAUUGAUAGAGCUUGGUCAGAUGUUGAUCUAAUCGCGCAAGCAGUCCUUUUCUUCAUCGCCGGUUUCGAAACCGUUUCAACAGCCAUGACCUUCCUUCUUUAUGAGCUGGCCCUCAACCCUGAUGUACAAGAGAGGCUGGCAGAGGAAGUAAGAGAACAUGAGAAGAAAAGUGGCGGCAAGUUUGACUACAACUCCAUUCAGAACAUGGUUUAUAUGGAUAUGGUGGUCUCAGAAUCAUUGAGAUUAUGGCCUCCAGCUGUUGCAACAGAUCGCAUUUGCACGAAGGACUACAAUUUGGGUAGACCCAACGACAAAGCUACUCAAGAUUUUAUUUUGAAAAAAGGUGAAGGCCUCAACGUACCAGUAGCGGCGAUUCAUCGCGACCCGAAUUACUUCCCUAACCCUAAGAAGUUUGAUCCUGAGCGCUUCUCUGAGGAGAACAAGCAUAUGAUCCAGCCCUUCACUUAUCUGCCUUUUGGUCUUGGACCAAGAAACUGUAUUGGCUCCCGCUUCGCGCUGUGCGAAGUGAAGGUGAUGGUAUACCAGCUCAUUCAGCGCUAUGAGUUGAUGCCGUGCGAAAGAACCACCAUCCCCUGCGAACUGGCCAAGGACAACUUCAACCUGAGGAUCAAGGGCGGGCAUUGGUUGAGGCUCAAACCGAGGAUAAUGUUAGUCUACAUAUGGAUAGCAGCUGUAUUAGCGGCGAUAUACCUGUACUGUCGCCAAAUUUACUCAAGAUUCAGCAAAUAUGGAGUCAAAAAUAUGAAACCUGUACCCCUGUUCGGGAACAGUGGUCCUAUGAUACUCAGAACUAAAUGUUUCUUUGAAAUCCUUGUUGACGUGUAUAAUAAGUUCCCUGAAGAAAGGUUUGUGGGCUUUUUUGAAUUCCUAAGGCCGAUGACAAUAAUUAGAGAUAUCGAACUCAUCAAGAAGGUCACGGUUAAGGAUUUUGAAUACUUCCUUGAUCAUCGCUCAUUUGUCAGUGAAGAAGCCGACCCUAUCUUUGUUUCAGGUCAGGAAUGGAAGGACAUGCGUUCAGCCUUAAGCCCAGCAUUCACGAGCUCGAAGAUGAAGCACAUGCUGCCAUUCAUAGUGGAAGUGGGCAACCAGAUGGUUUUGUCUUUGGACCGUCAGUUGAAGGAAUCGAAGAAGGGGUAUAUAGACAUCGAAACUAAAGACCUGUCAACCUACUAUGCAAAUGACGUCAUAGCAUCAUGUGCCUUUGGCUUAAAAGUGGACUCCCUCUUAGAGCCCUACAAUGAGUUCUACAAGAUGGGAUAUAAGACUUCUACCUUUGGCUUCGCGGCGAUUCUAAAGGUCUUUGGAUAUUCAAACUUCCCACGGCUCAUGAAGCUAAUCAAGAUGAAUCUCUUCCCCGCUGAUGUGACAAACUUCUUCCAACACUUAGUCCUCAGCACGAUGAAGGACCGUGAAGUGCACAAUAUUCUGCGACCGGACAUGAUUCAUCUGCUUAUGGAAGCCAAGAAAGGUCAGCUUGUUUAUGAAGAUAAUACUGUCACUGAUGUUGAUGCCGGAUUUGCUACAGUAGAAGAAUCUAAUGUUGGAAAGAAGGCUAUUAACAAAGAAUGGGCUGACAUAGAUCUAGUCGCACAAACAGUCCUUUUCUUCAUCGCCGGUUUCGAGACGGUCUCCACAGCCAUGGCUUUUUUACUUUACGAGCUGGCUCUGAACCCUCAAGUCCAGGAGAAACUAGCUCAGGAAGUGAGGGAACACGAUAAGAGGAGUGGCGGCAAGUUUGACUACAACUCCAUUCAGAACAUGGUUUAUAUGGAUAUGGUGGUCUCAGAAUCAUUACGACUUUGGCCUCCUGCUUUUUUAGCAGAUCGACUUUGCACAAAGGACUACAAUAUGGGCAGACCCAACGAUAAAUCUACAAAAGACUUUAUUUUGAAAAAAGGUGACAGCAUCAACGUACCAGUGGCGGCAAUUCAACGUGACCCGAAAUACUUUCCAAACCCCUUGAAAUUUGAUCCUGAGCGCUUUUCUGAGGAGAACAAGCAUAAGAUACAGCCCUUCACUUACAUGCCUUUUGGUCUGGGUCCAAGAAACUGCAUUGGGUCCCGGUUCGCAUUGUGCGAAGUGAAGGUGAUGGUGUACCAGCUCGUCCAGCACUACGUGCUGAUGCCGUGCGAGAAAACCACCAUCCCUUGCGAACUGACAAAGGAAAGCUUCAACCUGAGGAUCAAAGGCGGACAUUGGCUGAGGUUUAAGCCGCGGACAUAGGCUAAAUGUGUAAACUAAAAGAUGUGUGAAGAAAUAUGUGAUAGUAAAUGUGAGAAAGUAACUGCCGCAA